UAAAAAGAGUCUAAUAUUCUUUUUCUCUCCUUUUAUUAUUAUAUACUUCAGUCUUUCAACAGGUGUCCUGUGGUGCGAUUGAAAGGUUAUAAACUCGGCAACAUAAAUAAAAAAAUUAACAAUAGUGAGGUUAGAAAGGAUUAUUGAAAGGUAUUAAGAGAAGAAUAGAGGGAGAAGGGGAGUGUAUUCAUCGUGUGGAGAGCAGGUAGUUGAAAAAUCUUCGUUCGACGACCAUCGUUGUUGUUGUCAAGAUGGCGUCGAUAGGGAAGCUAGCCACCGAACAUGGCCGUUCUGAUUCAUACAGGGUCGCCACAUUACCCAACAUUCGCGACGACAACAAGACUGCGGAUGGAAUGUACAAGUCACGGCGAAAAAAUCCUAAACGGAAGGGAGAGAAUUUGGACGAUUUGAAGCAAGAGUUGGAUAUUGACUUCCACAAAAUCACACCAGAAGAACUUUAUCAAAGAUUUCAAACGCAUCCCGAAAACGGCCUCAGUCACGCGAAAGCAAAGGAGAACCUUGAGAGGGACGGACCGAACGCAUUAACGCCACCUAGGCAAACCCCAGAAUGGUUAAAAUUCUGCAAGAAUUUGUUCGGUGGUUUCGCCUUGUUGCUGUGGAUCGGUGCGAUCCUUUGUUUCAUCGCGUAUUCGAUCCAAGCGUCGACGAGCGAGGACCCGAACGAUGACAAUCUUUACCUCGGCAUUGUGUUAGCAGCUGUCGUAAUAGUGACUGGUAUAUUCUCGUAUUAUCAGGAAAGCAAGUCGAGCAAGAUUAUGGAAUCGUUCAAGAACAUGGUCCCACAAUUCGCGACGGUUAUAAGAGAAGGGGAGAAGCUGACUCUGAGAGCGGAGGACUUGGUAUUAGGCGACGUAGUAGAAGUCAAAUUCGGUGAUCGUAUUCCAGCUGAUAUCAGGAUUAUCGAGUCACGAGGGUUUAAGGUUGACAACAGCUCACUCACCGGUGAAUCCGAGCCCCAAUCCAGGUCACCCGAAUUUACGAACGAAAAUCCAUUGGAAACUAAGAAUUUAGCAUUCUUCUCUACUAAUGCGGUUGAGGGUACGGCAAAGGGUGUGGUUAUUUGUUGCGGUGAUCAAACUGUGAUGGGUAGGAUCGCUGGAUUGGCAUCUGGUCUGGACACCGGGGAGACUCCGAUCGCUAAAGAAAUUCAUCACUUUAUCCAUCUUAUCACCGGUGUCGCCGUAUUCCUUGGAGUAACAUUCUUUUUAAUCGCUUUCAUUCUUGGAUAUCAUUGGUUGGACGCCGUGAUUUUCCUUAUUGGUAUUAUUGUCGCUAACGUACCGGAAGGAUUACUCGCUACCGUAACCGUCUGCCUCACCUUGACAGCCAAAAGGAUGGCCUCGAAGAACUGCCUGGUUAAGAAUCUUGAAGCCGUCGAAACUCUUGGCUCUACUUCCACCAUUUGCUCAGAUAAAACUGGCACCUUAACUCAGAACAGAAUGACCGUUGCUCACAUGUGGUUCGACAAUCAGAUCAUCGAAGCCGACACUACGGAAAAUCAAUCCGGUUUGCAAUACGAUCGUACGAGUCCAGGAUUCAAGGCAUUGUCCAAAAUCGCAACGCUUUGCAAUCGCGCCGAAUUCAAACCAGGUCAAGACAACGUGCCCAUCCUUCAAAGAGAAGUCAACGGUGACGCUUCCGAGGCUGCCCUUCUCAAAUGCAUGGAACUUGCUCACGGUGAUGUCAUGGGUAUGAGGAAAAAGAACAAAAAGGUCUGUGAAGUUCCCUUCAACUCAACCAACAAAUAUCAAGUCUCUGUCCACGAAUCCGAUGAUCCUAAUGAUCCGAGACACUUAUUAGUUAUGAAGGGUGCACCGGAAAGAAUUCUUGACAGGUGCUCGACCAUUUUCAUUGGCGGCAAGGAAAAAGUACUAGACGAGGAAAUGAAAGAAGCAUUCAACAAUGCCUAUCUCGAACUUGGUGGUCUCGGUGAACGUGUACUUGGCUUUUGCGAUUUCGUAUUACCCUCCGACAAGUUCCCAAUUGGUUUUAAAUUCAACUCCGACGAUCCCAACUUCCCGGUUGAGGGACUCCGAUUCGUGGGACUCAUGUCUAUGAUUGACCCGCCCAGGGCUGCGGUACCUGACGCGGUCGCUAAGUGCCGAUCCGCUGGUAUCAAGGUCAUCAUGGUCACCGGUGACCAUCCGAUCACUGCCAAAGCCAUUGCCAAAUCUGUCGGCAUCAUCUCUGAAGGUAACGAAACCAUCGAGGACAUUGCUCAGCGGCUUAACAUUCCCGUAUCCGAGGUUAAUCCUCGCGAAGCCAAGGCCGCAGUUAUCCACGGAACCUCACUCAGGGAAUUGAAUUCCGACCAACUGGACGAGAUCCUCAGGUACCACACCGAAAUUGUGUUCGCCCGUACCUCGCCUCAGCAAAAACUUAUUAUCGUCGAGGGUUGUCAACGAAUGGGUGCCAUUGUAGCCGUAACUGGUGAUGGUGUGAACGAUUCGCCCGCUUUGAAAAAAGCAGAUAUCGGUGUAGCUAUGGGUAUAGCUGGUUCUGAUGUCUCCAAACAAGCAGCCGACAUGAUUCUACUUGAUGACAAUUUUGCCUCGAUUGUUACGGGGGUUGAGGAGGGUCGUUUGAUUUUCGACAACUUAAAGAAAUCUAUCGCGUAUACUCUGACCUCGAACAUACCCGAGAUCUCUCCUUUCCUGGCUUUCAUUCUCUGCGACAUACCAUUACCACUUGGUACCGUCACUAUUCUCUGCAUCGAUUUGGGAACCGACAUGGUACCCGCCAUCUCACUAGCCUACGAGGAGGCAGAGAGCGAUAUUAUGAAGCGACAACCACGAAACCCCUUCACUGACAAGCUAGUUAACGAAAGGCUUAUCUCGAUGGCGUACGGACAAAUCGGUAUGAUCCAAGCAGCUGCUGGUUUCUUCGUUUACUUCGUCAUCAUGGCUGAAAAUGGUUUCCUACCGCUUUAUCUAUUUGGUAUCAGAAAACAAUGGGACUCGAAGGCUAUCAAUGAUCUCAGAGACAGCUACGGCCAGGAAUGGACCUACAGGGACAGGAAGACGUUGGAAUUCACCUGCCACACGGCUUUCUUCGUAUCCAUCGUAAUUGUACAAUGGGCCGAUCUUAUAGUUUGUAAGACGCGCCGUAAUUCGAUCGUUCAUCAAGGAAUGAGAAACUGGGCGUUGAACUUUGGUCUUAUCUUUGAGACUGCACUAGCUGCGUUCCUAAGCUACACACCUGGUAUGGACAAGGGUCUUCGCAUGUUCCCGCUUAAAUUCGUCUGGUGGCUACCAGCCCUGCCGUUCAUGUUCGCCAUCUUCAUCUACGACGAGACGAGACGAUUUUAUCUACGCCGAAAUCCUGGUGGCUGGCUAGAACAAGAAACUUACUAUUAGAGAGGACACGGGGGGAAAGAAUUUCACACACGCAGAGCGCGCGAGCAAAAAAAUUAGCAAGAACGAGAAAAAGUGCGAAAGAGAAAUGUACGAGAGGGAGUGAGAGAGAGAGAGAGAGAGAGAGAGAGAGAGAGAGAGAGAGAGAGAGAGAGGGAGAGAAUGCGUGUGAGAGAGAGAGAGAGAGAGAGAAUGAGAUGACGCAUACCCACGCAGAAAAAAAUACACCCAAGUUUUAAAAAUUAAUCAAAUUAUUCACUCACGUUUAAAAAAAAGAUAAAAAAAAAAAUAAAUAAAUAAAAUAAAAAGAACACACACACAGAGAGAGAGAGAGAGAGAGACAUCGUAAAUUAUACGGGGCGUGCUACAAAUUGGAUCUGUUUCCAUCCGUACUGUCAUCAGAUAAUCAAGAAAAAUAAUUAUUAUAUAAUAAUGAACACACAAGAGUUAAAAUGAAAGGAACAAAAUGAAGAAGAAGAGAAAGAAUAAUUGAACAAACAAAUGCAGAACAAAUGGUAAUAGAGAUGAUUAAAAAUGAUUAGAGGGGGGAGGAAGGAGGGUCGGAAGAAAGGGCCUAAAGUGAGAUGCGAACGCGCGAAAUUCAUAAAAAAGUAAAAAAAAAAAAA